CGCGCCAAGCUCAAGUGUAAACAUAGUCGUUGACUCCUAUGUCCGAGGUUCUCCUGUGUCCAAAAUUCCCGGCAAAUUAUUGCUUCUUCAGUAGUCUCAAGACUCUCAUGCCAGUGUAACAUCACUUGCAGUCCCACCACUUGACCACAAAGACAACCAGAAACACUGCUGCAGCCCAUUGAUAAUGGAUAACAACCCAGAGGAAUGUUCAGUCUGUUUUAACCAUUAUGAUGAUCUACUUCGGCCACGAUGUCUACCAUGUGGUCACACAUUCUGCUCUCAGUGUAUUGACAAAGGUAUCGCGAAUGUUCAGUUGACCUGCCCUGCCUGCUGCACCCAGCACAGUGCCACUACCGCUGCUCAGUUUCCGAUCAAUUAUGAUAUGGAGGCCUUAAUCAGGAAACAUAAAAGUACUCAGGUUGAGCCACUGCAAACAGUGGCAGCAAAACCAUAUCAAGGUCCUGCAAGAGGCAUUAGCAAGAUGUUAUGGUCUCUGGUUGAAGCACAAAAGAACAGCAUCAGCAGCCUCAUUACUGCUUGUGAAGAGGCACUGGCCGAGCUGGGUGUGUACCAGGGGCAGCUGGGGGACUGGAAGACUCAACACCUCCAACUGCAGGAUAGACUCUAUGGUCUGGUAGAACAGAACAAGGCAGCAAUGGAGCUCUUGGAGCUGGAGAAUAUCAGUGUGGUGGACAUGACAACACAAGGAGAGGCAGGGAAGGCACAGCUGCAAGCCAUGUUGGGGGGCCUCAACAUUGUCAACACAGCACAGGAGGCUAUUACAACGAUAGACACAGCUGAUCAUUGCAACAUGGAGGUAGAAGUUUGGCUCCAGAAGUGCCAGGAACUGUUCCCAGAUGUCAACGCUGUCCACACCUCAGUGAAGGUGCAGGAGACCAUCAGGAAGGCCCUGGAGAUGAUGACCACAGAGGCAGGUGUCACAGCUGACCAUGUCUACCUCGGGGACUCGGCCUCCAGCAUCAUGAUUAAAGUUCAGGAAAUCAAUUUAGGAAUCUGUCAUGAAAAAUUAACUGUUGAUGACCUCCGCAGGAUGAGUGAGCCGGUCAAGAGGCUGGUGGAGGCUGGUCGGGUAUUGGCUGUCCAGCAAGACCAAGAUGGCUGCCGCUCAGCAAGGAUAACUUUACAAGAUGGAAAACUGUACCUCCACCCACUCAUGCAUCAGCCCAUGCCUGCCUAUGCCCACACCCUUCAGGAGAGUGAGAUUGUUGGCCUGAUGAACCCGUCCUGCCCCCUUGUGUUUCUGGACCUUGGGUGGGCGGGAUCAACAAGAGGGAGGGUUACCAUCCAGCUGAAACAUGAUGUUGGUUUGUCCAGACAGUUUGUGUUUUUGUGUACAGGCCAGCGGGGCCACACCUACCUCAACACUAAACUGUUGAAGGUGGUGGGCAAGGGUGAAGUAGGGGAAUAUGUGUAUGGUGGAGAUUAUGAGAGUAAUGAUGGUAAGGGAGGAGCCCCGCUGCUGCCUAACAUAGAGGGAGCAGAGUGUAAGUACUGGGAGUCAUACAAGGCAGGAACUGUGUGGCCUGCGUGUAAUCCCCAGGGGGCUCGAAGUACCCAGUUUGCCAUCACCACCAUUGACAAUAAUGAAUGGGAGAUGUAUUCAGAUAUCUUCGGUAAGGUGGUGAGUGGCCUGGAUGUGGUGAGGGAAGCAGUCAGUCACUCUAAAAUCACAGAAGUGACUGUAGUGGACUGUGGUAUUGUGCUGUCAUACUAGUUCACACUAUAGUACUACCAACCUUCACCAUCACUCUUGUUAACUAGGAGGCCUGGUCUGAGACCGGGCUCUGGGGACUUUGAUCCUCAGAACCAGCACAAGGCAGUCAUCAUCAUUCCAGUGGUGGACUUGGGUGUUGUUCUGCCAUUCCUUUGUCUUCAUAAUCUUGCAUCAGUGUCAUCAUCCUUCAUGUGUCACACUAAUCACAUGAAACUUUCAUGUUUGCAUCAUUUUAACUUUCCUUACCAUCAUUUCUAUCACCACACCUGCCUCACUAUCAUUGCUAUUUCACCAUCACUGCACCUGCCUCACCAUCACUGCUAUAUCACAGCCCAUCCUCCUGUUUUGUCUGUACAUAACGAUGUAACAAGUACCUAGCGAUGUAAAGACAGUAACGAUGAGGAUCAAAUACCAAUGUACAACGAAAUUAGAAAAUGUAAAUCUGAACCAUUGCAUUGGACAAACUGCAAAACAAUUUUUUACUUGUGUUGCUUUGACAAACUAAACUAACCUAACCUUCCUAGGUCUAAUACACGAUAUCUGAGGCCUAAUAUAGUACAUAUGUGUGCUAUAUUGUGCCUAGGAAUAUUUAUAUUAGUUUUUAUAUUAUCUAAACAGGAGGAUGGGUUGUAUAUCACCAUCAAUACUCAACACAAAACAGCAAUUAGAUCAGUAAUGAACUUGAGCCCCAGGCAGCACUCGUCCCUUCACUUAAAUCUUUGAAUAUGUUUGAUGUUUAAGUCACUGCACAUCCUCUCAAGUGUACUGUGUGUAUAGUAUAUAUAAAACACUGAACUGCAAUGCCCCAAUCUAAAGCACUUCCUAGAGGAAGUGCUUUAGAUUGGGCAGAGGAAGGAAGGAAGAGGAAGUGCUUUAGUUCUGUUACAUGGAAGAGCACUUCCAUGUAACAGAACACAUGGGCAUCACACUAGAAACAAAUACAGUAUCUAUUUAGAAAUGCUCUGUAAAUCAAGGGUCCCAAAGUGUGAAGUGGCUUCCCUAAUCACAUCAAAGACUGUCCCUCUCUCAAUCAGUUUGAGAGAAACUAAUAGUUACCUGAUAACCUACCUUGUGUAAUGUACCGUACUUCUUAAAUUUCAACCUAUAUUUUGCUGUUAUUGAACACUAAUUACAGAACCCAUACAACUGCUGUUAUCUGCCGUGUACAAAUUUUUUAACAAAAAAUUUCAUUUUGUUUAUUCUGUAAAAAUUAAUCUGUUCUGUUAGAAUUUCUGCUAAUGCAAUUACCGGCUGGCCUAGUGGGACAGCACGCAGGAUACGUGAUCCUUUGGUCCCGGGUUCGAUCCCGGGCGCCGGCGAGAAACAAUGGGCAGAGUUUCUUUCACCCCAUGCCCCUGUUACCUAGCAGUAAAUAGGUACUUGGGAGUUAGUCAGCUGUCAUGGGCUGCUUCCUGGGGGUGGAGGCCUGGUCGAGGACCGGGCCGCGGGGGCACUAAAGCCCCGAAAUCAACUCGAGAUAACCUCAACCAUCACCAUGUAAUAAUUGUCAUUGUUUCUAUUUCCCUUUUUCAAUUCAGUUUUGCUUUUGAUCUCACUUAAUUUUAAGUUCUUUAGUUUUAAGUUUUUCUACCUUAUGCAUAUAUUAGUGGCUUUAGCUCUGCAUAUUAGUGGCUUUAAACAUAGUACUUUCCUCGCCUAUAAAUCCUACAUUCUUCUUGUAUCCUCUGUAUGUAUGUGUGCACUGCCCAAAAUACUAUGCAUGUUAUUGGCUUUGCAAGAAUGUA